CCAUAAAAUGUGAGAUGUGAGGCCAGAUCAUGAAAUAGACUUGUAAAGAGAGGGGGGUCAAAUAGGGCGCGUCAAGUCAAGCAAAUUAAAGAUAAGGUGUGGGGGGGNCGCUUGAAUCUUGCUCUGUGGCGAUAUAAAUAGCCCGAAUUGCACAACUAAUCCGCGUUCUAUGAAAAAAACAGAGAGUUGAAGAAUUUGAGAGAUUAGAAAAAUGGGUGGUGAAGUGGCUAUAUAUGUUGCUGAUGAUCAUAAUGAUGGUUGGGAUGAGUAUGAAUACGAUUUGGAAUCAUCAUCGUCCUCGUCAUCAAGUAGUAGUAGCAGUAGUAGUAUACGUGUAUGCAGAAUCUGCCACGAGGCAGAAGAAGAAGAAGAGUUCAUUAUUAUUAUUAUUAAUAAUGGAACCUCAUCUGCUUCUGCUGCUGCUUAUAACAAUAACAAUAAUAAUAAUAGUAUAAUGGAAUCUCCUUGCUCUUGUUCUGGUACUAUCAAGUUUGCACACAGAGAGUGUAUACAGAGAUGGUGCAACGCAAAGGGCAAUACUGUUUGCGAGCUUUGUUCCCAGAAGUAUGAACCUGGAUACACGGCUCCUAAAUUGGUUGGCGCAACCACUGCAGCGGCCAUUAGAGGGAGCGUGGAGAUCCCAAUAAGUUCAGAGGAUGAUGACGAGGAGGAGGAGGACAGCGCUACCAUUUGUUCAUCAUCACCAGCUGAUGAUGAUGAUGAUGAUGAUCGUAAUCAUCAACGCCGCCAACGCUCUUCCAAUUCAUGUUGUACAUCAUUGGCCCUCAUUGUAAGCAUAUACUCCCUCCCUCCCUCACUUAAAAUCUUUCUCUUUUUUUCUUUCAUCUGUCUCAAAGAACACUUCUUAUUUCUAUAAAAAUAGUCACUUUUACACCUUACUUUUUCAUACUCUACCUAUUACAUCAUACGGAAUAUUAUUUUACUAAUAAUCUACCCAUUAAAUCUUAUUUUUACCCCAUCACAUCAAAAGAAUUUUUUGGGAAUUCCAUAACAAAAUACACCUCCCUUAAAUCUAUUAAAAAUCAAUAACUCGCACAUAAUACUCUCUCCGUCCUACAAAACUUUUUUUCUUUUUUUCAUUCGUUUCAAAAAAAAAUUCUCUUUUCUAUUAAAAAAUCAUUUUUAUUCUUACUAAUUCUUGACAUACCAAUCAUAUCACACUUUUUCACUAUUAAUCUACUCAUCACAUCCAAUGAUAUUUUUAGAAAAUCAAGAUCAAAAUACAUUCCCUUUAAAUCUUUUAAAAAUCAAACCAAAAAGAUUUUGUGGAAGGGAGAGAGUAUAUAUAUAAUUGUUUGGAAUUAUAUAAAUUGCAUGCAGAUCACGUUGUUGCUUCUAGUGAGGAAUGUAUACGAGGAGUUGGUCGUAGAUGAAGAAGAGAAGUAUGAUGAUCCACCAUUUUCGAUUCCAACUGUGAGUAAAUUCAUUCAUAAUUACUCCACGUACUAGAUAUGUACACCCAUGCAUGCAUCAGAUGAUAAUGAAUUGAUGAUUGUGGU